AGAGAGAGAGAGAGAGAACACAGGACUAGCAGAUGACGCAACAAAACAGUGUGUCAGCUGAUGAAUGCUCCUUACUAACCAGCCCAGCCUUCCCUGCGCCCCACGAUGUAACACACGUGAUGGGGGCCACGAUAGGGGCGUCAUGAUGUUAACUGACCAUUACGUGAACAUCUGACAUCCCUUAGCUGAAGAGGAGGGUAAAGCCAGCCUGCCAGAAAUAGACUUGGCCGCGUCCCCUGCGGCCUGCAUGUCAAUGGCUCCCUGCUCCGCCCGCGACCCCGGCAAGGGAUAAACGACCGUCCGAGGGAUUGACUGUGGCCAAGCAGGAUGCCAGCUGCCUCCUCCUCGGGUCUCAAGAGGAGCCGACCUGCCUCUCAGAGUGUAAGAUGCGGGAAGCAGCCCAUAGAGAAGGGGCGGUGGGCGGCCAAGGGCACCAAGCCUCUGCCUGAACAAGCGUCCGUGAAGUACGUGUUAACGCUUAUCGUGGUUCACGUAUGUCGUAAGGUGCUGUUUAUCCCCACCGAGGUGAAGGUGAUGCUCUACUCCUUGGGUCUCUUCUUCGGCUCCCUCGUAUGUGACUUCCUGCCCCUGCCCAACGUGUACAUGGGCCAGCGAGACAAUGUGUUCAACGUCUACUAUGUCAAGGUGGCGUGGGCAUGGCUGUUGCUGGUGGUGGGCUCCUUCAUCCUCCUGACCAGUGCCACCAUCGGCUGCGGCCACAGGGAGAUCAUCAAGAGGAACAUGUCGCGUCUGCUGGUGGGGACCUUCAUGUGGUACUUCUGGAGCCAGUGUUUCUUCGGCUAUGUGGAGAACCGCACGGGAUCCUGCCUGGGCAAAGCCAUCAUCAGGAACAAGAUUGAUUGCAACUCUGCAGGCUUCCACUGGCACUCCUUUGAUAUUUCAGGUCACGCCUUCCUGCUGGUCUACAUCAACUUGUUCAUCCUGGAGGAGGCCAAGACCAUAGAUGGCUGGGAGGGAAUUCGAGACCAGAUCCGCAUGGAGGACCACCACCGAGGAGAGGUCCAGAACCCCGGGGAGACCAAGACCGUGCUGGACAGCCUCACCCCCUACGACAUGGCCAUACUCAAGAUGAAUUAUGAGCAGUUCACGCCAUACAUCCGCUGCAUCUUCUGUGUGAUGACCAUGAUGAGUGUGCUGAGUGACGUGAUGCUUGUGUGCACUAUCAUCUUCUUCCACACCAUGCCGCAGAAGGUGGCCGGGGGCGCAAUAGGCAUUGCCGUCUGGUUCCUUACGUACAGAGUAUGGUUCAAGAGAGAUGCAUCCCCUGGUCAGCCUGGCUGUGGCCUCUUCCAGUACCAGAACAUGAAGGAGAAGACCAAAGAGGUUCCCCUCAGAAGACGCUCCUCAAUAUGCAAGGAUCACCGAGACAACCUGCCAAUGUUCAUGGGGAUGCCUCUGUAUGGUCUGAAGAAGGAAAAGGAAGACAAGAAGAAGGAAGAGAAGAAGAGGGACUAUGAGAGAGAAGAGGAGAGGUCCAGCAUGGAUGACUAUGGAGAGGGAGGGGAGGGGAGGGGACCCUCCUGGACUGGCCCACACGGGGACUCUGCCUCCAGUCGGUCCUGGAGGAGGUAGGAUUACCUCACCUUGUGUCCUUAUGUGCGUCCUUUUAGGUUUGUGUCAUUUAUUAAUUUUUGUGUUGUUUGUUCCAGCAUCUGUAGUGAUUGGUUGUGGAUGUUCUUGUUCUGUACGACAUCCAUCCUUGUGCUUGUAGAUUACUCAUUUUGGGCCUUAAUAAGUUGAGGCAGUGAGUGUAAACAUUAAUGAAUCUCAGUCAUGCAUAAAUCAAGUCUCAUUUAGUGACACUUUUGAAUACAGGCUUCUGAUCUCUAGAAUUCAGCCCCUUAAUUUUUGGAAACCAUCUGUACUUUGUACCACAUGAGGUCACAGAGCGUUAGGGUGGAUCUCGUGCCUGUCAUGAGCUGGGUCACAACUAGACGGUGAAUGUCACAGUUUUCAGGUUUCAACAGCUCACAAAUGGACAAUAGUUAUAGUGACAGGGUGUCUGUUUUGCCUCUGCCUUCCCUUUCCUUACACAUUUACACAUAAGACAAGUUAUUGCUAAUAGUUUUUAUGUAUGGAGGGAAUGGCUGGUCACUCAGAAUUCUUUUACUUGUAUACACAUUCUUUCCUACUACAAGUCAGUGAGAAAAAACUGAGUGCACAUGCCAGCAGCCCAGUGUGGUUGUACCUUGUCCAGGCAGUGCAGGAUUGCCUCUACACGCAUCUCAUGACAAUUCAGCAAAUGAAGCUGUGAAGUUUGCUGGAAGGUUUUUUGCUGGCCACCAAGCAAAGACAUUUUUUUUCUGUUUUUGUGGUGGUUAUGUGACUAUAUUGAAAGUGCUGCAGCAUUUAUUAUCAUUUAAAGGGAGAUACAUGUCCAUCCUUUCAUGAAUGGGUCUGGGAUUUUUAUUGAUGAUACAGUAUGGCCUGGAUGAUGAAAAGCUUCAUUCAUCACCUCAGUUCCUUGCUUCAAGAGGCUAAUUCUUUAUGCAGAUCAGCUAAGAUUUAUGAAUUUUUAUAUCAGUCAAGUUUAAUUUCACACAUGCUCCUGAAGUCACAAAUCACAUGCAUGAAUAUUUGGAUAACAUAAUAAUAUGCUAAGAAAUAGGUGACUAAGAUAUCCUUGAAAUACUCCAUGUUUUUUCUCUCUCUUUUCUAGUCAACAGUGUCUGCAACAUUUACAACCAGCACAAUAAGAUGUACAAAAACAUUACUCUUACAUUACGUCAGCAGUCAGCGGAGGCCAAUUCUCAUUCAUCUGCAUAAUGCACAAAUCUAGUCAGUCUAGUCAGCCUCAAAGCAUUGUACUUUUCUAUGGUUUGAUGUAAGUUUUCCUUAACUGGCAACUCUCUGAGGGUCAUCCUGCAGGUCAUAACGUGACUCAGCAGACAAAGCCCCAGCAUUGUGAUAUUAUGAUGAGUCCAGGUGAUAUCCUUCCUCCCAGUGGGUUUAUGGUCCAGUCACAGUCAUUUGUAGAAUAACACUCUCUACUCGCCAAGUGUUUAGUAUUUUCUUCAGUCCCAAAUCCUGUGAUUGUCAAAUUUUGUAAGAUUGACAACAUACCAGAGGACUUGAGAUGGGAGGGAAAAUGUAAAACACUGGAAGUGAGUGUAGGAUGUUACUUGUCAUCUGAUCUCUGUUUAAAGCUGUGUCUACGAGCAAUCCGAGCAGCUGUAGUUCAUGUGCAUGUACUCCAGAGGAUGAGGGAUGUCUUGGGGACCUCCACCACUACAUAAGCUAGUCUGAUGCAGUAUUUUCAGCUUCCUCCUUGGUGGGGAACAAAGGCACUGGAUUGUUGGGGUUGAUCAUAGUGACUUGUGCCUUUUGCAUACUUAUUCACAAGUCAGUUUGUGUAGUUUGUCUUUAGAGAAGGUACACUUGUAGCUACACAGAUGUGUUUGAAUCAUUUCUUAUUUUCACAAGUAUUUUUCUAAUGCUAGCCACUCCUCCUGGGAGUUUAGCAGAUGGAUGACAACUACAGAAGUGAAUUUGAAUGUUCCGUGCCAUUAAAUACAUUUGAAUAUCUCUCC